ACGCGAGCGAAGGCGCCAUAUUCGUCGAUCGGGACUGCCGGAACUGCAAAUCAGCCUCAGUCUAUGAAUUUCUCAGAAUCUGUUGGCGGGGCGUGAUUGGAAAUUGGAAAUUGGAAAACGUGUGUGGAAUUCGUUGUUGUCGAAGCGAGGUCGCGCGCGCACUUUUGGUGCUUUUUUUUUGGCACCCCGUCUUGCGCUUGCGUGUGCAGCCUUGUGGCUUGCGUUUGCUUCGCACCCCGCCUUGCUUGCGCAGCCUGCCCGCUCCUCCUUCUCCCCCGCUCUACGCGCAUCAUCUCUCGCCGCCUCUUUCCUAUCGUUGUCGUUUUCUCGUCGGCUUUUGUCAUCGUCGUAGUAUAGUAAUCGCCCUCCUCCGUAACGUAACUGGCAUCGCGUUGUCGCCUUCAAAAUCUCCAUCGCCGUCGUUCGUGGUCACAGCUUCUUGGGGUCUGCUCGGCGGGGUGGGGCGAUUUGAUAUCAAGGCGGCGGCGGCGGCGGCGCACGCGAUCGCGACAGGUGGUGUCGCUCGCUGGUCACGAGAUCCGACCCCGAAUCCUGACGACGCUGCGCUGCGCUGCGCGAAGAGAUGGCGGCAGCUUGUGGAAAUUCCUGCCUGUUCGCGUCGAGCACUUUCGCGUCGUCGUCGUCGAGGGAGCUUCCGUCUGGGCAACUGGUUGGCGGCGUCGGCCAUAGCCAGGCGUCGGGAUCUGGAAUCGGCGGUGGUCAUCUCGCCGGAGCUGGCGCUGGCUGCAGGAGCGAGAGGAGGCACGGGAGGGGAGGGUCGUCUUCGUCUUCCCCCUCUGCGCUCCGCGGUGGGUCCGUCAGUGUCGUCUUGUCUGCUGGAUCUUCCUCCCGCCGCCAUAGCCGAAAGCUUCGACCUGCAGCUGCGCAAGAUGACGAAGCACAGACUGUGCAGACGGAGAAAGUGGUAGAGGCAGAGACCACUGCCUCCUCUAUCUUGCCCUCUGGAGAAUGGCCAGAGAACUUUUCCCUCCUCAAUUACGAAGACUUGGGGAGAUACUUUGAACCAUAUCUUCUUAAGCCGGAGCAUGACCCUUCAUCCACUGUGGCAGAUAUUAUGAAGACUGCUGUGAAAACGGUCCAGGAUCAGGACAAUUUGGACGAUGUGCUACCGAAAUUUGAGGAACUGACAGGUCUUCCUGUUGUCAAUUCAGACAUGAAGUGUGUGGGUGUUGUCACAAAAAGAGACGUGGUUGCUUUACUUGGGAAGGGACCAUUGAAAGUGGCGGAUGCCAUGACUUCACCAGCAAUCACAGUGUCUGUGACCAAGACAGUGGCAGAGGCUGCUGUGAUUAUGCUGAGACAUAGAAUACAUCGUCUGCCGGUCGUCAAUGAUACAGGCCUGCUUCUUGGUAUCAUCACGAGGACGGAUAUGUUCACGGCAUUGGAACAUCAUAGCUCUUAACUGAUGUUCACAUCCUCCAUGCAAAUCAUAUCAGUCUAUACAUAACUGUAUCUCGUUGUUAGGGGUAGGUUAAAUCUUUGAUGGGCUAGAUUGCUGGCUUUCCCUCUGCCCAUCUGACGGCAAUGGCGACUUCCAGACCAGCCAUGUCCUUGCCAGCAUCCCUCAAGUGGAUGUUUAUUCCUUUUUGUUGGUGCUGGCUUCCUGACUGUAUAUCUUGCUGAAAUUGAGCUACUGCAGUAAUGAAAAGUUGCCCUGAAAUUGAGCUACUGCAGUAAUGAAAAGUUACCGUACCUGCAGAUAGUUACCCUGAAAUUGGGCUACUGCAGUAAUGAAAAGUUACCGUACUUCCAGAUAUAAUAGACCUGUUACCGAGCCUGAUGAGGGGCCUGGUAUGGUGCCAUUGUCUGGCAGUCCCGACGGGGGGGGGGGAGAAUUCUGGGCCUGUUGUGGUCAUCACUGUGGGGAUAAGUAUACCGCUCACAGUCGUGGUGGUUUAAAUCGCAAGUCCUUAGUAUUACAGAACAUGCUUGGUUGCCUACGCCGCCGGAAAUUUUGCGUCUCGGGUUUGCCGGAUCACAAUGGCUGGGGGUGCAAGCCAAAGAAGAAGACGGAGCGGGCGUUGCUGGCGGUUUCGGCAAAAUGCAUGGAGCACAGUGGAGCGCCUCCAGGCCCGGGUGUACUGAUGGUAGUCAAGGGAGUCCGAAGUCACCAUGGUCUCGGUGAUUUGGAACCGGUUGUGCAUGAGUGUUGGGUAUAGGUUUAAUCGAUCGCUCAGUGGGUCGAAUGGGGUGGCAAAUGUAUGCGAGUGUUGCUGUGAAGAAUGUAUGUUAGGGUUAUGGUGAAGUCGUCAGCACUGCUAUAAAGUCUGGUUAACAGAAUGGUCAAAAGGUGUGAAGGCAUUGCCGAGGGUAUGGUUGUGUGAAAAGGGGGACGGGGAAAGUGGAGGGGGAUGGUGGGGGACGGGGAAAGUGGAGGGGGAUGGUGGGGGACUUAGGAUCGUGCAUCUUUCCAAUUUAAAAAGGUAAACAUUUGCUGGGAGUGUGGGGAAAGGGAACAGGGUGGGGGCAGGAAGGGUCGAGUGAGCCUGCAUUUUCCAAUUUAAAAGGGUGAGCAUUUGCUGGGAGUGUGUGUGCUCCGUUCGUGAAGUGUGUUUAGUUCAUUUGUGAAGUGUGUUUAGUUCAUUUGUGAAUGAUGUAUCCCGAGGGCAUCCUAUUUUGGACAGUAGUCGUAAGGGAUGGGGGAUAACCAUCACGGCGUGUUUCGUUUGUGUCUAGUAGAUGAGUGCUAGUUUGAUGGUGAAUGAGCAGGCGAUUGUGUGGCUAAAUCUCUAGCUGCUGGUUGAAAAGCGGAUAAGCAUUUGGAGUUCGUAAGAUUGUUAACCUGACCUGAAGUGGUGUGAAGGGUUUAUCAGUAAGUCGCAUGAUGGCUUAGAGAAAAGAACUGAUCGAGCAUUUGAAAAUAGUUAGGUCAGUUAAAAAAUUGGUUAUGAAAUCUUCAAUUAAAACCCCUGCUGUUGGAUAUAAUAUAACUAACAAAAGACGAAGUUAAAAGAAAUUUCUGCUUCCAAUGUUGCCAUUGCCAUGACCCAAGUAGGGAAAACCGACUUUAGAAGGAAAUGAAAGGUCCACGUCAGACGUCAGAUUGGACAUGCAGCUGCAGUGCGGCACAUCCCUACAUUCCAUAGUGACAGUAGUUACCUUCCCUGUAUCAUGGAGGGAGGAUGGGAGGAGGAUGGAGAAUGGGAGGAGGAGGAGGUGGCAUCGGUUGCUUGGUAAACCAUGCCGAGGUUGAGUUAACGAGGACUGACUGUUUUGUAUGAAAGGUGUUUAAGCUACAUAACAACCUCAGCCUGGUAGGCUUUAGUGACACUUUUGGCGGCCAGGGUAUUGUUAUCCUGUGGGGCCGGCGAUUUGCUGUCAGCAGCUGAGGGGCCGGCGAUUGGCUGUAGAAUUCUAGUGACUGUGGGGCCGGAUCUUUGCUGUCAGCAGCUGUGACACGCUAAGCCUUCUCUGUAGAAUUCCAGUGACCAGUGCCUGUUCUGCCGUCUUUGUGAGAUUUGAUAAUUGCCUGUAAGGUUAAAAGUUAAAACUCAAGGUUUUAUGUGGAAAAUCACAAUCAUCAUGAAGAGGGUGCUUUUUUCUUGUUUUUGUUCGAAAGGGCUUCACUCAACCAUGUGUAGUGCCUGAACUA